GUUUUACAUGCCACAUGACUUGCGACAAAAUGGCAACUAUGCGAGACUGUUUUCAGUGGCAUCCAUGGCGAUUUGUCGCAAAUCACAACCAGCUGUUGAUUCUUAACACGCAUUUGGGAUUUUACAUUAAAAAUGGAAGAGAAAAGAGGAGCGCGCAUAAAUGGCACUUUUCGCUGGAGAGAACAGCAAACGAAAGACUUGCUUACGAUUAUCGCGGACAAGGUGAAGGAUAAUCCAGACUUAUUUGAGAAACCUACUGCAAAAAGAUUUUAUGAACGGAUUGCGGAAAGCGCGCCAAAUUUAAAACACAUAAAAUGGGAUAUUAUGCGCACCAAAAUGCGGCAUCUCAAAACUAGUUUCCUGUCCGCACUCAAGUGGAAAGAUCAGCAUGACGCAGGCUUACUUGAGAAUGGCGAUGUUAUAGAGUACACAAAAAGGAUGUGUCCAUUUUACGAUGAGCUGCACGCAAUAUUUCGAGAGCGCAUAAAUAUGCAGCCAUCAUUCGUUUUUCAGUCCAUAGAGUCUGUAUCAUCGUUGGAGCACAAUGAAGCGGUGCAUAAUGAAACGGAGCUGAGUAUAGAGCUAGAUAUGGACGCAACUACUUCGAGCACGUUAGCCAGUGCGACCGAUACACUACAUCAGGCAUGUUCAGAAAAUGUAGUCGAUUCGUCCGCUACUUGCAAACCUACCAAUGUCACCACACCAAAAAUGUCUUUGAAGAGACCAGGCGACUGCUCGAGCUCGUUUGCCUUACUAUACGAAAUUCAGAAGAAUUUAUUAGAAUUAGAAAAAGAAAAACUCGAUUUCGAAAGAGAAAAAGAGGCAAACAGUUUCAAAUUACAGAAACUAAGAUUGGAGAAGGAAGAAAGAGUCGAAAUGGAAAAAAUCAGACUGGCACAUGAGCGAUUGAAAAGCUUAAAUAGCCAAAAUUGCCAACAUGUUUUAUAUUCGUAAUAUUAUUUGAUAUGUUUCAUUCAGUGAGUGAGAUUGAAAAAGAUUCAACUAAAAAAACUAAUAAAUAAUUAAAUUUUAUCAAUAUU